AUGGACGUCGGAGAAGGUACCGCUGAACCCGAAAAACCAAUCAUUCCCUGCUGGGCGGGCAGGCCUUCAAACUGGAACAGCAGCCUCUUCAACUUUACCGAGACGAACCCACUUGAAACUUUGGGAAUCGACUCGGUCAUGGUGCAGUGUUGUAUUUUCAAUGCUACGUAUCUUUCCGCCUUUGAAUAUACCGACGGUGCACAAAAUAUCAACGUCAAAACUCAUAUCCAUGAUAAAACCCGGGCCCUGUCUGUGAUCGAUCAAGUCUACGGUCCAAGUACCUUCGGCGCGCCACAGAACGGAUGCAGUGUGCUCAACCUCGAAGGCACAAACUGCUUCUUCGAUGAGACCGUUGUGCAGAGUCUGGCUUACCAAUCCGGCAUGGACGCCUUCAACCAGCGCGUCAUCGGGUCCAUAUCCGAGAAUGUGGAAACUGGCACGUUUGACGGCACCCAAAAAAGGUUUGUCAAUACAAGAAUCAUGUCCUCAAUGCUGCUGUACACACGAGAACUCUCAUACCUCCAAGAUGGCAACCCUGAUACCGACAACUCGCUCUUCCCCAAGUUGCAGUCGGUGCUAGCUGGCACCAACGGCUCCAUUGCCAAAGGUAUGUUCAAAAACCUUACCGUCAGCCUCAUGAGCUCUGCCGUGCUCCAGCCCAACGCAAGCUCGCCUUUGGCAGCACCAUUGACCAAUGUAACGUUCGAAACGUACCACAACAUAUACGACUACGCCUCGGACAAGCUCUGGCUUUCAUACAGCUUGGCCAUCUUCCUUGCCACAGUCGCCGUCGUAGUCGGCCUGGGGGCCAUGGUCCGUAACCGGGCCGUAUUCAGUGAUGGCUUCUCGACCAUUCUGCGCACCACGCGAUGGGCCCAUAUCAGCGCCUAAAUCCGGCAUCUCGACGCUGGGGGGCCGAUCCGCUGCCUAAGUACCUUAAGGCAGCGCAGAUUCAAUUUGUGAGUUCGUGCAGGGCACCAGCGCGAGAGGAAGACAACAAGGAAACCGGCAUGGCACCGCCAUCGGAUGUUCUGGAGUCUGCAGAUCAAGAUCCG